GAGCAGCGCGGGUGCUACCGGCCUAGCUUCUCGAGAGCCCCGCGCCCCGCGGGCGCGUCGGCUCGAGCCUGUGUGUGGCUGCUGGCGAACCGAGGCGCUUCUGGCGGCAGAGGCCACCCCGAGCGGAAUGGCGCCCAGCACGAAGAAGGGCCGGAAGGGCCAGGAGCCGGUGACGCGGGACUACACGAUCCACAUGCACAAGCUGCUACAUAAGGUGCAGUUCAAGAAGCGCGCCACCAGGGCGAUCCGCGAGAUCCGCAAGUUCGCGACCCGGGCCAUGUCGACAAAGGACGUGCGCAUCGACACCAAGCUGAACAAGUUCGUCUGGAGCAACGGCAUCCGGAACAUCCCGAAGCGCAUCCGGGUGCGCAUGGCCCGCAAGCGUAAUGAGGACGAGGACGCGACGGACAAGACCUUCACUCUGGUCCAGCACGUGCCUGUGGAUAGCUUCAAGAAUCUCCAGACGGAGACGGUUCGCGACGACUGAGUCUGGGCUUCUGUUCCUCUCUCCUGACUUCGGAUCCGCUGUACUUUUUUUACGUUUUUUCUUACUGGAAGCGAAUUGGAAUGCACUCUUGACGAUGCGAAACAGUAGGUCGAAUAUUUCCGCCGCCUUACGAAAGUAGGGGCGAAUCUUCUCGCAAGCACAUUUUCCAGAAGGAGCGACGACAAGUGUCGAGACUCCGCACCAAAAAACGCUCACCAGUGGC